CUAACACCUGUUGAACGGUGAUUAGCCUAAAUAAUGGCUUGCCGGAGCUGCUGCUGUUGUGGCUUCGGUCCCUUCAACGAGGAUAACGCCAGGUUCCUGAUGUUAGCUGUGUUCAUAACCUUCUACCUCCUCUGCGGUGCCGCUGUCUUUUCAGCACUGGAACAGCCUAUGGAAGCGGAGGCGAAGGAGCGCUGGGCGCAGCGGUUUGAACAGUUCACCCAAAAGUAUAACCUGAGCAAGAAAGAGUUGAACAACUUCUUGAGGAACUAUGAGGAGGCGAACGUGGCCGGGAUCCGCGUGGACACCAUCAGACCUAGGUGGGACUUUACCGGUGCGUUCUACUUCGUGGGGACCGUGGUCUCGACCAUAGGUGAGAUUUGCCGUAGCCUAUAGAUCCCAUCACUAUCACAUAUUAUAAAUGUCAUGUCCAACAGCAUGAAUCAAAGCUGAAGGCUAGUGAUACUACAUUAUAUAUAUUUACUUGGGACAAUAUUAUAUGUCAAUUAAAAGUGUACUAUUAUAAAUGUUUUCAGCUCUCCAAAACAUGUGGUUCUUAGAAAUAAUUUAAAAAGGAACAGUAGGCUAUUUGCAGGGUUUCCCAACCCUCUCCUUGGGCUCCACCAGAACUUUAAAUGUUUUUGUUUUAACCCUAAACUGGCACACCUAAUUCAAUGAGUCAACUAAUCAUCAAGUCUUUGACUAAUUUUAUCAGAUGUGCCAGUUUAAGAUUAAAACAAAAAUGUGAAACAUCUAGGGGGGCUGAGGAGAGGGUUGGGAAACCCUGGGCUAUUGGACCUGUAGUGUAGACCAGGCAGAAACCAAAAUGUGCACCCAGGGGGGCCCCCAGGACCGAGUUUGGAAACCCUUUAUAGCUAAGCAACACAGCUAAAUGCUUUAAUGUCUCUAAAUUACUUUAUUGCAUGUCAACAAAGAAAAUACAUGGAUUUGGACAAACUCAGCUAACGCAUUUGUAUUCAGUACAGAAAUACUAAAUACAGCACAUUUCUGUUCUGUAAUUUCAAAUAGAGUAGGAUAUAUAACCAUACUGCUUCAAAUAGAGUAGGAUAUAUAACCAUACUUAUUGUACUCUGAUAAGGGAAUGAAAGGAUGUCCUGCACUGUGAAUCCAUUGAUUUUGGGUGAAAGCCGAGAGGCAGCCAGUGAAUGGAAGUAAAUGGAGAGAGACCUUUUUUACCCCUGAGUGCCCAUUGUUAAAUGGGGAGUGAAAACUCACAGAGAACAGAUAGAGCAGUCAAGGGCUGGACUGGAUUGACUGGACUCAUCAAAGGAUUGAUUACGGCUGUGCUCUCUGUACAUCAGUCCAUAAGAGCUGUGUGUGUAACCCACAAGGAGAGCACAACCUGUAAAUGUUUAGAGACAACACAGAAAAUAUUUAGAUGGCGUUAAAUGGGUCCCGUUCAAUAUUUGAGCUGUGUUGCUAAGAUGUGACCCUGAAUGCAGCUGGUAAAACGCCUUCAGAAUGAUCAAUAUGCAUGAUACUUGUGUUUGGGGACUGUGCCGUGUGAGCGUUGCUCCAACUCAUAAUGUGCUUUUCCACCUGUCUGUGAAACGCGCUCAGACUGACUGGUUUGGGAUUGUGAAUAAACAGGAUCUUUGAAAAUAAUGUAACUAAACAACAUACUGCAUUCAUUGUUCAGUAUGAUUCAGUUUCCUUUGUCACACUUUUGUUUUCUAAUGGUAAAGUAUCUAUCCAAUGAUGUAAUAGCUAAUAAAUGCAAGCAAAAACAUCAUUACUAGUUUUUACCAAUAUUCUUCUCAUUCUGUUUUCUUAAUAAUAACAUCUUCUUCCAUCUUGUUGUCCAGGGUUUGGGAUGACCACGCCAGCGACGAUCGGUGGUAAGAUCUUCCUCAUCUUCUACGGCCUCAUCGGCUGUGCCGCCACCAUCUUGUUCUUCAACCUCUUCCUGGAGCGCGUCAUCACCGUCAUCGCCUUCGUCCUCAAGUUCUGCCAUGAGCGCCGCCGCCGCCGCAAGGCUGUGCUCCCUCAAAAUGGCUGCCGACGCCUCUCUGAGGGCAGCGGUGGAGGCGACGGGGGCGGAAGAGGUGGCAGGGGGGAGUGGCUAGCCGGGUGGAAGCCUUCGGUAUACUGUGUGAUGCUGAUCCUUGGCGCCGCUGCCAUCUUGGUUUCCUGCAGCGCCUCAGCAAUGUACUCUGCUGUAGAAGGCUGGGGGUACCUAGACUCUCUGUACUUCUGCUUUGUGGCGUUCAGCACCAUCGGGUUCGGGGACGUGGUGAGCAGCCAGAGGCUGGCGUACGAGGAGGGGAACAUGAACCAGAUGGCCUACCGGCUGGGCAACUUCCUCUUUAUACUGACAGGCGUCUGCUGUAUCUACUCGCUGUUCAACGUCAUCUCCAUCGUCAUCAAACAGGUGGGAUUGUUAUCGUUAUUGUGUGAUUGGAUGGUUUUUAUCGAUUCAACCGUUUAAUUAUGUAGAGUGACUCUAGGCCCUGGUCCAACAUCUGGUUGUGCUAGCUUGCCAACUCCGUGGUGCGUUCGUAAAUUCACUCUGGCUAUCUACUCCGAGUUCAGAGCACUCUCAUCUGAGUGUGCCAGAGCGCAGAAUAAGUGCUGAAUUUGCAAACGCGCAACACCCGCUGAAUAUGACCGGUGUCAAUAAACGUCUGCAAAAAAACGUAAUUCAGUUGUUGCCAGCAGCACAGUUUGAGUCACCAAUGCUCUAGACAACAUGAAAACAGCCCAAUCAGCUCUGCUAGAGCGAGUAAAAUGGUCAGAGUGAGGUGUUCUCUCAAGCUAGCCAAUUUACGAACACACCCAUAUUGUCACGCCAACUGUUUGUCAUGAUGAUUCCAUACAGACUUGGCAGGAGAGCAGAAACAGACUGGCACCCAGGUUAAAAUUGUGCUUAGAAAUAUACUGAAUGAAAAUAUAAACGUAACAUGCAACAAUUUCAACAAUUUUACUGAGUUACAGUUCAUAUAAGGAAAUCAGUCAAUUGAAAUAAAUAAAUUAGGCACAAAUCUAUGGACUUCACAUGACUGGGCAGGUGCACAGCCAUGGGUGGGCCUGGGAGGGCAUUGGCCCACCCACAGGGAAGCCAGGCCCAGCCAAUCAGAAUUCGUUUUUUCCCCACAAAAGGGCUUUAUUACAGACAGAAAUACUCCUCUGCACCCCCCCCCCCAGACGAUCCUGCAGGUGAAGAAGCCAGAUGUGGAGGUCCUGGGCUGUCAUGGUUACACGUGGUAUGCGGUUGUGAGGCCAAUUGGACAUAAUGCCAAAUUCUCUAAAACGACAUGGUAGAUAAAUUAACAUUAAAUUAUCUGGCAACAGCUCUGGUGGACAUUCUUGCAGUCAGCAUGCCAAUUGCAUGCUCCCUCAACUUGAGACAUUUGUGGCAUUGUGUAGUUUGACAAUACAGCACAUUUUAGGGUGGCCAUUUAUUAUCCCCAGCACAAGAUGCACCUGUGUAAUGAUCAUGCUGUUUAAUCAGCUUCUUGAUAUGUCACACCUGUCAGGUGGAUGGAUUAUCUUGGCCAAGGAGAAAUGCUCAUUAACAAGGAUGUAAACAAAUCUGUGCACAACAAUUGAGAGAAAUAAGCUUUUUGUGCAUAUGGAACAUUUCUGGGAUCUUUUAUUUCAACUCAUAAAACAUGAGACAAGCACUUUACAUGUUGAGUUUAUAUUUUAUUUUUGUUCAGUAUGUAUUACUAUUAUUAUUAAUCUCAUUCUAGGUGCUGAACUGGCUGUUGAGGAGGAUGGAGGCACCAUGUCACUGCCCGGGGAGGGGGGGCCACCACCCCCAGCAGAGACACCCCCGCAGGAACGUGGUAGUGCCCGGACACCUGAGGGCGCAGCGGGAUCUGUCCAUCGAGACAGACGUGGUGAAUGAGAGCGAGGCAGAUGGGCGGAGGAUGUCUGGAGAGAUGAUCUCGAUGAGAGACUUCCUGGCUGCUAAUAAGGUGGAGGAAAGAUGGAGGACAUGAUCGCUCAAUGUAUACUGCUCCCAGAUAAGACCUGGGUCAAAUGCAUAUGUCAAAUACUUCCAAAUACUUAGGGCUCCAGAUCCUGGAGCAUUUCGUACUGUGAACCACACUAUAAAGCAUAUGUGGAACACAAACUAUUCCUGGUCCUUGCCCAGGUGGUCAGCUUUUCUGCUAUAUCAAUGGCUUUCUUUUUACUGCUAUAUUUUGUGUCUGGCACUUGUUUGACGAAGGCCAUUGAGAGUAGUUCUCCUCUCUCUCUCCAUUUCUCAGGUAAACCUGGCCAUCAUGCAGAAGCAGCUGUCAGAGAUGGCUAAUGGUCAACCUCGCCAAUCUGGAUCCAACUCCCGCCACAACGGCUUUUCUGGAGGGGUGGGUGCCCUGGGCAUCAUGAACAACCGCCUGGCAGAGACCAGCAUGGACAGAUAA